AUGGCCCAGAGGUCUCCGCAGGAACUCUUCCACGAGGCAGCCCAGCAGGGCAUCCUGGCCCAACCCCAGCCUUGGUGGAAGAUCCAGCUGUUCAUGUGGGAGCCGGUGCUGUUUGGGACCUGGGAUGGUGUGUUCACGUCCUGCAUGAUCAACAUUUUUGGGGUUGUCCUUUUCCUGAGGACUGGCUGGCUGGUGGGAAACACGGGUGUGCUCCUGGGCUUGCUCCUGGUAUCCUUUGUCAUCCUCGUGGCCCUUGUCACAGUGCUGUCGGGCAUUGGUGUCGCAGAGCAUGGCGGGAUCAGCAGUGGUGGUGUCUACUCCAUGAUCUCCUCCGUGCUUGGUGGGCAGAUGGGAGGCACUGUGGGGCUGCUGUAUGUAUUUGGACAGUGUGUUGCAGGUGCUAUGUACAUCACCGGCUUUGCGGAGUCCAUCUCAGAUCUGCUGGGCCUCGGGGACAUCUGGGCAGUGCGAGGAAUUUCAGUUGCUGUGCUGGUGGCUUUGCUGGGCAUCAACCUGGCAGGUGUCAAGUGGAUUAUCCGCCUCCAGCUGCUGCUGCUGCUCCUGCUGGCUGUCUCGACCCUGGACUUUGUGGUCGGCUCUUUCACCCACCUGGACCCAGAACAUGGCUUUAUUGGAUACUCCCCAGAACUGCUACAGAGCAACAUUCUGCCAGACUACAGCCCCGGGGAGUCAUUCUUCACUGUGUUUGGGGUGUUCUUCCCCGCAGCUACAGGAGUCAUGGCCGGCUUCAACAUGGGAGGAGACCUAAGGGACCCUGCUGACAGUGUCCCCUUAGGCUCCCUAGCAGCUGUUGGAGUCUCGUGGUUUCUCUACAUCAUCUUCACCUUCCUGCUUGGUGCCAUCUGUACCCGAGAGGCCCUCCGCUCUGACUUCCUGAUAGCUGAAAAGGUGUCUCUGGUUGGUUUCCUCUUCCUGUUGGGCCUGUACAUCUCAUCACUGGCUUCCUGUAUGGGGGGACUCUAUGGAGCGCCCCGGAUUCUGCAGUGCAUUGCCCAGGACAAAGUGGUCCCUGCACUUGCCUUUCUGGCGAAUGGGAAAGGGCCAAAUAAAACACCGGUAGCAGCCAUCUGCCUGACCAGCUUGGUGACCAUGGCCUUUGUCCUGGUGGGUCAGGUGAAUGUUCUGGCGCCUGUUGUCACCAUCAAUUUCAUGCUGACCUACAUCAUGGUGGACUACUCUUACUUCGCCCUCUCCAUGGCUCACGGCGGCCUCGCUCAGUCUCCUGAGCCCGUCCCCAGACAAGGCCCAGAUGCUCUGCACUGCUCCGAGCACCUGCUCCAGGACAGGGCUCCCAGCUACGGCUCUGAUGCCCCCACCAGAAGCCUCUCUGAGGGCACCCUGCUGGAGUUCACCAAGGACAUGGAUCAGCUCCUCCAGCCAAUAGAGGGGCUGGAGAGGAGUCAGCUCGGGUCAAGAGAAGGUAACCGGAACCCAAAGAGUCAGAUGCGCAAGGGUAAGAAAGGCGCCAAGCAAACCCUACAGGAUAGCUUCCUCUUGGACCCUGGGUCUCCUUUGUCCUUUCCUACAAGGACCUCUGAGAGGUUGUCAGUUGCCUUCUGUGGGGAGCAAGAGUCCUAUCAGAAGCAGCAGUCUUCUAGGAGUGAAUCACAUGACCAUCUUGUUCCUGAUCUACGCAACCAGCCUAGAGUGAACAGAGAAGAUUUCUUUCUGAAAUGCAGACCUCAGGAACAAGAUGUCCAGAGGAGACCAAGUGCUUUCUAUGCUUGCAUGUGUAACCCCUGGGUCUCCCUGUUAGGGGCUCUUGCAUCCCUGCUCAUCAUGUUUGUGAUCCAGUGGCUCUAUACCCUAGCUAGCAUGGGUGCUGCUGCCCUUGUGUAUUUCUACAUUGGCCAGGCCAGUCCAGGCCUUUACCUCGGAUCAGCAUCAAGCUUCAGCUUUUUCCAAUGGAUGAAGUCCUUCUUGGUCCCCUCCUGCAGGAGCCUGAGGUCCGCCCGGGAGCAAAUCAUCUUGGCACCAUCCCCAGCCAAGGUUGACACAGCAAUGACUCAGCUUACCCAGGACAAUGCAGACUUCGCCUCCCGAGAUCGUUACCACCACUCCUCCUUCCUGAGCCGGGAGCAGCUGAUGCCUUCCUACUAGGACCUCGCUGGACCCUCCCCCCCACUUUCUAGAAGCCGCUGUGGAGAUGGGGGACCCAAGCCUCAGAACCUUUGGAAGUUGCUUCUACCAAUAAGAAACUCCAAGAUUGGUCUUCCCACCAUAGCCUUGGAUGCCAGAAAUCACGUUCUGGUCUGAAGUGGCAUGUCUAGCCAGACACUAGGUAUGGCCAUGGCUUCCACGUGUGCCCAACCUGAAGAGCCCACAGGCACCAGGAUGAUCAGGUGACACCAAGACAACCAAAUGUGGAGAUACAAAACAAGAUUUCUUAUUCUAAGGGGCCACAAUAAACACUUCUUUUUAAUUUUAUUGUUUUAUUUUUAUUAUUAUUUUUAAAGAAUUAUUUAUGAGUACACUGUAGCUAUUUUCAGACAGAAAAUAGCAUUACCAGAAGAGGGCAUCGGAUCCCAUUACAGAUGGUUGUGAGCCACCAUGUGGUUGCUGGGAAUUGAACUCAGGAUCUCUGGAAGAACAGUCAGUGCUCCUAACUGCUGAUCCAUCUCUCCAGCCCCCUCCCCUGUUUUAUUUAUUUUGUAAUGUAUACUACACUUACAUGGUUCCAAGCACAGAGUAUAGAAACCUCCUUCUCUUCCCCGUUUCUCAUGUUUGGUGCCCAUCCCCCAUCACAGGGGCAGCCCACCUCUUCACAGACCCCUCCCAUCUGCAAACGCAGCUCUGUUUACACACACUCUGCAUCCCGCUCUUCUCCCUUAAUCUGCUAUGGAAGCAUUUCCGUGAAGAUGCUUACACAGUUUCCUCCUUACGUCUCGAUGUCUGAAUGUGCCUUAAUUUAUAUACUCAGCCUCACGAUGAGGGCUUUUAGCUCCAUUCUGAUAUUUUGCUAUUACAGCCACUUCUGCAAUGAGUCACUGUGUUUGUGUGCACAGACGUGAAGGAUACCUGCAGAUAAAUUCUCAGAAGAAGAAUUACAGGGCGACUGGGGAUGUGCAUUUGUAAGCGGUUACUGUUUGGAGAAAUGCUUUUUAGUUAAAAAGUCAA